AUGUCUUCUUCUUCGUUAAGAUCUUCUUCAGUUUCAUCAGCUAAGAACUUCAGGGAAAGCUUCGAUGAGCUGCGAUGGGUGAUGGAGAUAAAGAAAACCCUAGAGAAUGAUGAGCUGGAGGGAGAAGGUGAACUCACUGCUGUGUCCAUCUUCAACGUACCGAAGCUUCUCAAGAUUUGUGACCCAGAUUCGUACGUGCCUCAACAAGUGGCCAUAGGGCCAUACCAUUAUUGGCGACCAGAGCUUUAUGAGAUGCACAGGUACAAGCUUGCUGCUGCAGUCAGGUUCCGAAAACAUCUGCAGAAUCAUAAGUUGGAAGACCUCGUACAUGAGUUGAACAUGGUGGAGCCCAGGAUUCGAGCAAGCUACCACAAGUACUUGGAUUUCAACGGCGAAACGUUGGUGUGGAUGAUGAUCAUUGACGCCUCAUUCUUGCUUGAGUUCUUUCAAGUUUAUGCAAUCCAAGAAGGAAACAAAAUUCCUGGAAUUUCCUCCAGAAUGUCUCACUUAGUGGAUUAUGCGGGAAAGAAAUCAGCCCACAAUGCAAUUCUAAGGGACAUAGUAAUGAUGGAGAAUCAAAUCCCUUUGUGUGUUUUAAGGAAGAUGCUGGAAUUCAAAUUCUCGUCGCCCGAUGAUGCAGAUAAUGUCCUGUUUCUCAUCUUAACUGGAUUGGUUAAUGAACUUUGUCCUUUCAAACUGAUGGAGGAUUAUCCAGAUGUUCAACUCUCAGAGUGCGCUCAUUUGCUGGAUUUCUUCUACGACAUGAUUGUUCCCAAAAUUAAAGAUCAACAGCCUGAUCAUGUUAUCCAUAUUGAUGGCAAUAUUGAUCCCAAAGGAGGUGAAAAUAACGAGGAAUCAAGCAUGAACUCAAGCUAUUUGAAAAAAUUCCUCAAAGAGGUGUGGAAGAUUCUUUCAAAGCUAAACAGAGGGCCUGUGAAAUUAAUCAAGGAGGAGUUGCUUUCUAGACCCCUGAAAGUCUUUGUCAAGUUACUGUGGAAGAUAAUCUCGAACUUACCUGGAAUUAAACUCAUAAAAAUACCUGUUCAAUAUUUCUUCAACUUCACACAAGGAGGAAAGCCAGAAAAUGGAAGUGCAACCUCAAAGAGUCUCAUUGAGAAGCCACCACUGAUAGAGGAAAUCACAAUCCCUUCUGUUACAGAACUCAUGAAUUCUGGGGUUCGUUUCGUACCCACCAAUGGAUCUAUAAACAGCAUCAAAUUUGACUCAAAAACACGCACUUUUCACCUUCCAAAAGUUGCCCUAGACGUCAACACCGAAGUGUUCUUGAGAAAUUUAGUUGCAUAUGAAUCAUCAGUAGCAUCUGGGCCCUUGGUUUUGACCCGAUACACAGAAUUAAUGAAUGGGAUUGUGGAUUCUGAUGAGGAUGCUAAAGUGCUGAGAGAAACAGGGGUGAUCCUGAACCACUUGAAGAGUGACUCAGAAGUGGCUCACUUGUGGAAUGGGAUGAGCAGGUCCAUAAAGCUGACGAAAGUGCCAGUGCUGGAUAAGGCGGUUGAAGAUGUGAACAAGUAUUAUAAUGGAAGAUUGAAGGUGAAAGCCUGGAAAUUAAUGAAGAGUUAUAUAAUUGGGUCGUGGCAGUUCUUGACGUUUUUGGCUGCAAUUUGUCUCUUGCUUUUGAUGAUCUUGCAGUCCAUUUGCUCUGUCUACACUUGCAAUCGUUACUUUCAAAUGGCUAUAUCCGACUGAUUCUUCUUCUUCAACCCCCCAUGUCUCAUAAAGUCUCUCAAAUCUGUGUGAGCUAGUGAAUGGAGCACUUCUUACUGUGAUCAAUAUGUCAACUAUCCACAAACUCAGUGGAAGAGUUUCUCAUAGCUUUUUUUUGGCUACAAGUUUCUUGUAAUUUCUUUUCGUGUUGAAUUGUAAUGAAAUGUACUUGUAGUGUUUUUUGUCCAUCAAUUACUGAGUUUUUUUUUAUUUCAAA